AUGUUUAAAUAUAUAUAUACUGGCAUAAUACCAAGCUCUCUUGAUUAUAAACAGUUAAAAUCAUUAUUAGAAAUUGCUAAUACAUAUCAGAUACCAACACUUAGUGAAAUUAUACAACAAAAACUAGCCAGCAUAAAUAUCGAUGCUAAUAAUUGUUUAUUAUUAUUAUCCAUGGAAAAUGAAUUACCACUAGAUUGGCCAAACGUUCGUCGAUCAGCUAUUCAAAUUGUAGCUGAAAAUUUUAGAUAUCUUUGCCAUCAAGAUGAAUUCUUGAAAUUAAAUUAUAAUACCAUUCAAGAUAUCUUUUGCCAUUCAAACCUUCAAAUUCCCAACAAAAAAAUGGCUACUAUGGCUUUACAUCGGUGGAUAAAGGCAAAUAUAGAAAUCACUCCUGAUUUGUCACGAUCUAUCAUGACUCUAGGACAUUAUAGGCACCCAAUAAAUAGAUUUUCUCUUCUUUCAUCAAUUGUAUGCUAUUUUGCUGAUGGAAGCACACGAUAUACGAACAUGACAAUAAAUGCCAUUAAUUCAUUUCUAAGAUCAACUCCACAAGUUAUGGUUGGUCUAUUGGUUAAAGACGAUGAUACUCGAGAUCAAGUUAUGUCAUGUAUUGAAAAAAGUUAUCAUCAUCGUAUUUUAUGUAAACAUACGUCUAAGACACCGCAUUUCAAUGACUGGAAUCCUACACAAUAUAAACUUGACAUUCUUAUGUUUCUUGAUCAUGGUUUUGAUGAAAUCUAUUGGAUGGAUUCAGAUACAAUUGUUUAUCAAGAUUUGACGCCAUAUUUACAAGAAUUUCGACACUCGACCAGAUCGUUUUAUUUCAUUCUUGAUCAUGUAAUGUACGAUUCAUCAUUUGUCACUAGAUGGAAAUGUCAACAUCAAGAUACAUUUAUACCACAAGCAUGUUUUAUGGGUUUUAAGUCAUCAUGUAUGAGAACAUUCUUUGGUCUAUGGAAAAAUGCAUGGAAAAUAUGGAUUGAACCGAGACCAUUUACAAUGUAUCAAGAUCCAAAUCCAGAUUUUCUUGGAUCGAGCUUUUGUACUGAACAAUAUGCAUUGGGACUUAAUAUUAGCGAUUCAACGAAAAUUGAUUAUCAUUCAAACGAAUGA